GAGAGGGUCGGAGAGGAACUCUAGGAGGGAAGACAAGGAGAGAGGGUCGGAGAGGAACUCUAGGAGGGAAGACAAGGAGAGAGGGUCGGAGAGGAACUCUAGGAGGGAAGUCAUGGAGAGAGGGUUGGAGAGGAACACUAGGAGUGAAGAGAGGAUUGGAGAGGAACUCUAGGAGGGGAGAGAGGGUCAGAGAGGAACUCUGGGAGGGAAGAAAGGUUCAGAGAGGAACUCUAGGAGGGCAGAGAGGGUCAGAGAGGAACUCUAGGAGUGAAGACUGGGAGAAGCCUUGACUGACUGAAGAGGGAAGACGGGAGUGUGUUGGUGUGGAACGGUCUUGUUGUGGCCAGUGGUGGGCUGGUCUGGUGUUUCCUGUCCAUUCAAGGGCAUUCCAUCUGCUGAGACCUGGACAGGAGAGAGACAGCAGAGAGGAGCAACCAGCCACAUAGGCCUCACUGGGUUGGAGAGAGAGAGAGGGAUAGGGGAGGAGGGAGAGACGCAGAAGGAAGGAGGCUACGAGGGGAGCCACAUAGGCCUCACUGGGUUGGAGAGAGAGAGGGACAGGGGAGGAGGGAGAGACGCAGAAGGGAGGCUACGAGGGGAGCCACAUAGGCCUCAGUCCCACAGGGAGCUACUCUUCUGGGGACAGUAGACUGACAAGCCACAGUAGUCUGCUACUACCAUGGGGGACUGGAACCUGUUGGGGAAGUUGUUGGAGAAAGCCCAGGAACACAGCACCGUAGUCGGAAAGGUCUGGCUCACGGUCCUCUUCAUCUUUAGGAUCCUGGUCCUGAGCGCGGCAGCAGAGAAGGUGUGGGGGGACGAGCAGUCAGGGUUCACCUGCGACACCAAGCAACCUGGAUGUGAGAACGUCUGUUAUGACAUCACCUUCCCCAUCUCUCACGUCCGCUUCUGGGUCCUACAGAUCAUAUUCGUCUCCACGCCCACCCUCAUUUACCUGGGUCAUAUAUUACACCUGGUGAGGAUGGAGGAGAAACAGAAGCAGAGAGAGAAGGACGCAGAUCGGGCCGGGGACAAACCACCCUUGCUGGAGACCAAAGCCUGUAAAGCCCCGGUGAGGGACAACAGUGGUAGGGUUCGACUGAAGGGGGAACUACUGAGGACCUACGUGUUCAACGUCAUCUUCAAGACGCUGUUCGAGGUGGGCUUCAUCGUCAUGCAGUACCUGCUCUAUGGCUUCCAGCUGCAGCCCAUGUACACCUGUGACCGCUCGCCCUGCCCCAACACAGUCAACUGCUACAUCUCCCGACCCACAGAGAAAACCAUCUUCAUCAUCUUCAUGCUAGUAGUGGCAGGUUUGUCUCUGUUCCUCAACCUGAUAGAGAUGUACCACCUGGGAUCCACUAAGUGUCGCCAGGGGAUAAAGUACCACCAGGAGGAUCUGAGCUCAGACUCUGUCUCCAAGGAGCCCAGCGAGGUGGAUGAGGCUGUACCCUACGCUCCCAGCUACGACCACUACCACGGAGGCCAGCCAGCCUACCCCCAACUCCAACCAGACCAGCAGGUCCAGCCAGCAUACCCUCCUGUCCCCAGCUAUAACAUGUCCCCGCUAUCUGAGGAGACUGACUCCACCUACCAGCCCUACCACAACAAGGCAGCCUACAAGCAGAACAAGGACAACCUGGCGGUGGAGAGGAGUGGCAGCAGGCAGCCGGAAGAGGAGGGGGACUUGAAAGGGAAGAAGGGUGGAGGAGAAACGUGGGGGGGGUCGGAGCCAGGUUCCCCAUCUCUAGCCCGGGCUGGACGCACCACUGCUAAACACGGCAACAACAAGACCAGAAUAGACGAUCUGAAGAUCUGAGAGGGGGAUUAGGUUGCUAUGACGAUGUCUUAGGUUCCUUCCGAGGGUCUUAUGUUGCUUGAAAGGCAUUCUUAGGGUUCUGCCCCAAAUGGCACCCUAUUCGCUAUCUAGUGCACUACUUUUGACCGAGGCCUGUGACAGUCCAGAGCUCCGGUCCAAAGUAGAUCACUAUAUAGGGAAUAGGGUGCCAUUUGGGACACAGGUGUAUCCAACAGACCUGAGGCCAUCCUGC